AUGGUGCCAGAGUUCAAUUGGAAGUUAACAACAAACAGUGUUGUUUUCUGUCUUUACGCUGCCUUGCAGAAAACUAUAGAGGCUUUUGGUGGAAUAGACAUCCUGUGCAACAAUGCCGGCAUCCUGAAUGAGAGUCAGUGGGAGAAAACUGUCUCCAUAAACCUUAUGGGUGUUGUCAGGGUUACCUACCUGGCUCUGGAGCACAUGAACAUACAGCCUGGAGGUGUGUUUGGGGUCAUUGUCCUGUUGAAAAGCCCCUCAGGUCUCGGCCCUCUACUAAGCUGUCCUAUCUAUACAGCCACCAAGCAUGGAGUGGUCAGCUUCACUCGAGCCAUGGCAGCUGUCUCUACCGUCUCAGGCUAUGGAAUGCGGAUCAAUGCAGUUUGCCGAGGUCCUGUUCAAACUGAUCUCUUCUCCAACAUUUUAAACAGACUGGGGCAAUUUUCCCACCUGGCUGGUGUAGUCCAAAAGGUGUCAGACAUCACAGGUGUGUUAAAGUGA